UACAGUUGUGCACGCAGGCAAGUGAUGCCAACAUCCGCUCCGAGAGAGAAAGAGGGAGAGAGAGAGCUCCUUUAGUCAUUUCCACAUUUCUUUUUUCUUGUUUUGCAUCAUCAGUCUGUGUAACCAGCGUGCAUUGACCGUAAUGUGCAAACAAGGCGGGGCUGGUUGACCCUCCUCUCUCAUUUCGGACAAGUAGGAAUAACACUGCUGCAGUUUUCUCAAAUUAGAUACAUCCAGGCAUGAAUUCAGCCGAGCAGACGGUGACCUGGCUCAUAACGCUGGGGGUCCUGGAGUCUCCCAAGAAAAGCAUCUCGGAUCCGGAGGCUUUUCUGCAGACCUCUCUGCAGGAUGGAGCGGUGCUGUGCAGGCUGCUGGAGCGACUCCGACCCGGGACGGUGGACAAAUUUUUCCAGGAACCGAGGGGAGACAGCGAGUGUCAGAAAAACAUCAGCGAGUUUAUUAAAGGCUGCGGGGCUUUCGCUGUGGAGCCUUUUGAGGUAAAUGACCUCCUGCAAGGACAGAACUUCCCUAAAGUCCUCAACUCCUUGGUUGCCCUCAACAAAGCUACUGAACAUCUGAGUGUCUCUGAGGACAGCCGGUGUGUGCCGCACUCGUCUCACCUGAGGAUCAAGUCGUUCGACUCUCUGAAUACGAGUCGCUCGUCCAAAGCGCUGCAGCCUCAGUACCGCAGUCUGGACAUGUCCGAGGGCAGUGGGUGCGGCCACUCGCUGUUCAAAGCGCGCUUUCCCUUCGAGCAGACCAACGAGGACGAGCUCUCCUUCUCCAAGGGCGACAUCAUCACCGUGAUCCGGCAGGAGGAUGGGGGCUGGUGGGAAGGAUCCUGCAACGGCCAGUCCGGGUGGUUCCCCAGUAACUAUGUGCGGGAGUUGAAGGGAGGCGACAAGACAUUAGAAAAGCCAAAGACUGGGACACUGAAAAGCCCCCCCAAAGGUUUUGACACCACCAUCAUCAGUAAGACCUACUACAAUGUGGUCCUCCAAAACAUCCUGGAAGCAGAGACUGAGUAUUCGCGGGAGCUGCAGAGUCUCCUGGGUUCAUACCUGCGCUCCCUUCACCCCACAGACAAACUCAGCAGUGUUGACAUCAGUCACAUUCAUGGAAAUCUGGAGGAGAUCUCCACCUUCCAGCAGAUGUUGGUUCAGUCCUUAGAGGAGCAUACCAAACUCCCCGAGAACCAGCAGAGGAUCGGGGGCUUCUUCCUGAAUAUGAUGCCCCAGAUGAAGAUCAUCUAUGUGGCUUACUGCUCCAACCACCCGUCUGCUGUCAGUGUGCUCACACAGCAGAGUGAGGAUCUGGGGGAAUACAUGGAGUCGAAGGGGGCGUCCUCUCCAGGGAUCCUGACCCUCACGACUAACCUGAGUAAACCCUUCACCAGACUGGAGCGAUACCCGACGCUGCUGAAGGAACUGGACCGACACAUGGAGGACCAACACCCUGACAGAGCUGAUCUCAUCACAGCGAUAAGCGACUUUAAAAGCUUUGCGGCUCAGUGCCAGGAGGUGAGGAAGAAGAAGGACCUGGAGUUGCAGAUUUUAACCGACCCAAUCAGAAACUGGGAGGGGGAUGACAUCAGGACUCUGGGUCCGGUUCUCCACAUGUCCCAUUGCAGCGUGCACACGCAGAACUGCCAGGAGUCAAACGAACGCUACCUCGUCCUCUUUCCUCACACUCUGGUCGUGCUCUCCGCCAGCCUCAGGAUGAGUGGAUUCAUCUAUCAGGGAAAGAUGCCACUGACAGGGAUGCUCAUCUCCAGAAUAGAAGAUGGAGAAAACCUGAAGAAUGCUUUUGAAAUCUCCGGCAGUCAGGGUGAUCGGAUGCAGGUGGCCUGUAACACUCAGCACGAACUACAGGACUGGCUGGACCUCCUCACCAAACACACACACACUCCAGCCUCACACACCAACUCGCUCAAGCAUCAGUCCGUCUGUCACACACUGCCCUCUCUUCCCGCCACUCCCUCCAGACACUCGGAGUCUCGAGGAGGAAGCGUCGGACACAACUACCACACCCUCCCCCAUCCCCCUUCAUUUGGGAUGGCCCUCAACAGCAGCACGACGUGGGGGCCCCUGGAGCCCCCCAGUACUCCUAAACCCUGGAGCUUGAGCUGCCUUCGCCCGGCGCCUCCUCUACGACCCUCAGCUGCUCUGUGCUCCAAAGAGGAUAUGAGCAAGAGUCCUAAGAACAUGAAGAAGCUGCUCCCUAAGAGGAAGCCGGAGAGGAAAGCCUCAGAGGAGGACUUCACUGUCAGGAAAAGUACAGCAGCUCUGGAGGAAGACGCUCAGAUCCUGAAGGUCAUCGAAGCUUACUGCACCAGCGCCAAGACACGAGCCACUCUGAACUCCAGCUCCAGCAGGAAGGACGUACACAUGUUGUUCCCGGAGGAAGAGAAGAUUAUCGUGGAGGAGACCAGGAGUAACGGACAAACUGUGGUGGAGGAGAGGAGUCUGGUGGACACGGUGUACAGCCUGAAAGACGAGGUCCAGGGACUCAAACAGGACAACAAGAGGAUGAAGAGGACGCUGGAGGAGGAGCAGCGAGCGAGGAAGGAGCUUGAGAGAGUCGUCCGGAGGGUCCUGAAGGGCAUGAACGACCCGACCUGGGACGAGACGAACCUCUGAUCGCCAGGGACUUUUUUAAAUGACCUUUCCUUAAACCUGUGCCCUCUUCCUAUGACCUUCACAGUGACCUUUGUGGACCAAACUGUGGACCAAGUCUGCCAGAAAAAUCAGCAAAGCCAUCCUCACUGACCGUAAAGCUGUGAAGCCAAAUGAGCUGGUAGGCACGAUGACAUCACUUCCUGUCCCACUCUUUUCAAACAGCCUUUUUUUGGAGCCUCGAUAAACAAACCUUUAUUUCUCUUAUGCUUCUGUAUUUAUCUUUAAUUCAUCUUGUGCUGAUGUAUUAAGUAUGUAAUUAACCAUUGCCGGAACAGUAUAAUAACACUACGUGGGUUUAUUCAUUUCACAGGUAAAAACACACAAACUGAUUUCAUUUGCAGCGAUGUUGUUUCUAUUUCAAAUGAAAUGCUAAAUCUGAUAUUUAAUACUCCAUUUCUACUUUAAGAUAUAUGCUCUUGAUAGUCACUAAACAUUGCAAUGAGGGACUACACAUAAAACAAAACUACAUUUACCAGCCGCUAUAACUGACAGGAUGAUGAAAUGCUUUUGCAACAGACUAGUUAUAUUUUAGGGAUCCACUACAUUGCUUUACUUGAUGUGCACAUUUCUGGUGUUUUUUAUUUCUAAGGAAUAUCAAAUGUUUUGUAUUUUACUAAGUUUUUAAACCCAGAUGAAACGUGAGUUGUACAGGCGACACGGACGCUGUUCUUCCACUUCUUGGAAUAUAUUUAAUAUGUUUAUCUGUAAAAGAAGUCAGGACUUUGAGUUUGAUGAUUAGAAAGUAAACAUGUUUGAAGAGAUGCAAUGAAGUGAUUUCAAAGUAUGUACUUGCGUAUGAAAAGAGAGCCUUGUGAGACUGAAACCAAGUUAUAAGUUAGUCUGAACUUCAGGAGUGAAACUAAAGGAGAGUCUGCUCUCUCUGUUUUAAAGACCAAAGUCCAAGCAAUACAACACUGGAAAUAUUUUUUGUUACUGGCUGUAGAAUGAUUUUUAUAUUUGUACACCUUUGAUUUCUUAACACUGCUUAUUUUCUACUGGACCUUGUUGAUCACACAGAAGAUUUGCUUAUUUCUCAUGGACGUCAGGAGACCUGCCUUGUGGAGAAAAACAUUUCCUUUGCUUUAAAUAUUGAGGCUUUAAACGUCAACUGAAAAUGUUGAUUAAAUAACACUUAUGCAAACUAUGUAAUACAGUAUGACAAUUUUAACUUAUUUGACUGAAGUGUGUUGUGUGUGUAACUGAUGGUGAUGAAGGAUAUACCAGAAGAAUCACCCCGUCUAUUUAUUUUGAUCCUCUGAAUAAAAUGUUGAAUCAAA